AUGAAAUGUGGACGAAUGCUAGGAAAAGGUUCUUUUGGUGUUGUAUACGGGAUUUGUAACACAGACAAAAAAAUUGCACUUAAACUCACUAAAAGACUACAUUUUGCUGAGUUACUUUAUUGGCCUUCUUUGCAACAUCAAAAUAUUCUUCCUUGUUUAAAAGUUUUCAACCUAACUAAUGAAAUAGGGUUAGUUGCUUUCAUGAUUCCACGUGCUAGAAUGAACCUAUUGGAAUUCAGUCGGACGUCGAACUUUAAAAGAUCAUCUCAGAGUUUUAGUUUUCUAAGAAGUUGGAUGUAUCAGAUUUUAAAUGCCGUUCAUUUCUUGCACGACUUAAACCUCUACCACUUGGAUAUUUCAGUUUUAAACGUCUUGCUUAGUAGUGAGUUGACAGCUCAGUUAACUGACUUUGGAUCUGUUUAUCACUCAGUUCUGGACAAGUGUGCAGUGGAAGACAUUGGUCUUCCUAGCAUUUACUGUCCACCAGAAGUCUUUAGAAAAACUGGUAGGUCUGCUAGUAGGUUAGAAAAGCGAGAGAUCAGUCCCAGCUCAUGCGAUAUUUAUAGUGUUGGUAUUUUGUUCCUGGAGGUGGCUUCAAACAACUGUUUCAGGAAAAAGAGCUUAAAUAAACCAGUCCACCGUUCAUUUCGAAAUAACGUUUCUUUAAUACUGAGAUACUUAAAGGAACCAGCUGUUUUCUGCAAGUACCUUCAUCAGGCGUUUCCUGCAGCUGCUAUAACAUCUAAAGAUGAAAUCCUUGUUGCAGAUUUAAUAUGGAGCUGUAUAAGAACCAAAAUAACCUCAAGACCUUCAGCAAAGCAGUUACUGAGACACGAGUUUUUGAAAGAAAUUAGUUCAUCACCUCUAAACAACAAUAUAGAAGACAAAUUUGGGAAGAAUGAUAAUUCGUCUAGUGGCCAUAGCUUUGAAGUGAAAAAACUGGAAAACAUCGUAGAAGAAAUAAAUGAGCACAUUCCUCCCAACAUAAAAAGAACCACUGAACUUUAUCAAGAACGACAUCUCUUACCUCUUAUCAGUGACCAAAAAAACUCUAGCACCAAACAUCCUCCAAGACUACAUAGUGAAGAUUCACUGUCACUAAACAUAUAA